AUGGCGACACGACGCGCCCUCCGCUCCUCAUGGAGCGUGCGAUCCCUCUCGGACCAGAUCAGCACACCACACUCUCCCGUCUCUCGCCCCUUUGCGAUCGCCUCCCGAUCCAUCAACACCUCGUCCGACUCCUCCGUCGACAGCAAGACGACACAUUUUGGCUUCAAGACUGUCCCCGAAUCCGAGAAGGCCGAUCGCGUUGCCGGCGUCUUCCACAAUGUUGCCGACUCAUAUGAUCGCAUGAACGACCUCAUGUCUUUUGGCUGGCACAGAGUAUGGAAGGACCAUUUCGUCUCUGGCCUCCAGCCAGGCCUGUCAGCCUCCAACCCCCCGACGCCUCAACACAUCCUCGAUAUUGCCGGUGGCACUGGCGACAUCGCCUUCCGCAUGCUUCAUACGGCGCAUAACCUGAACAACAAUCCCGAUGUCCGCGUCACCAUUUCCGAUAUCAACCCCUCUAUGUUGGCCGUCGGCCGCGACCGCUCAAAGGCCCUGCCCGCCUCUCAGCAAGCCGCCAUUUCUUGGCUCGAGGCGAACGCCGAGAAACUCCCAGAGGGCGCCAUCAAGGAUAACUCGAUCGACCUGUACACUGUCUCCUUUGGCAUCCGCAACUUCACCAACAUCCCCGCCGCCCUGCGUGAAGCCUACCGCGUGCUCAAGCCCGGCGGUGUCUUUGCCUGUCUCGAGUUCAGCAAAGCGGACAACUACCCGCUAUUCAACGCCGUCUACAAGCGCUGGUCUUUCAGCGCUAUCCCCUUGAUCGGUCAGCUUGUCGCUGGUGACAGGGACAGCUAUCAGUACCUCGUCGAGAGUAUCGAGCGCUUCCCUAGCCAGGAAGAGUUCAGGGACAUGAUCAAGGACGCCGGCUUUGUGGUUUCCGGCGACGGUUAUGAGAACCUCACCGGUGGCGUUGCGGCCAUCCACAAGGGUAUGAAGCCUGUUGCUUAA